AGAAAGCACUGUUGCCAUGACAACGCAGAAACUUUGACAUGGCGUCCCUGCUAACAGACCCGCUGUUUGAAAUCUCUGGAGUUGGUCCUCCGCCCGAUAAGAGUUUUUAUUAUUUUGCUGUCACCAAGUCAGAUGUGAUUUGGAGAUGGUGGACGAUUUCCCUGAGAGCUGUAGACAGGUACUCCAGGCCCGGGGAGCUGAAGGAGUCUCACCAGGACUUCUUGGAUGACAGUGCCCUGCAGAGUAAGGUCCGUAUGGUUUUCAGUCGUCAAAACUUGCAGUACACCAAGGCUUUGUGCCAAGGCCAUUAUGAUUAUCUGGAGCACCUGUCAGACCCCUUACUUCUGCGGAUAAUAAAUUAUCUUGAACUAGAGGAUGUGGGUCAGCUCGGACGAACGUCACGCAGGUUCAGGCAGCUAUGUGGGUCAGAGGAGUUUUGGGAGCAGGCAGUGCGCCGGCGCUGCAACACAGUUUCAGCUGAGGUGGCAUCCCUGGCGCUCGAGGUGGGCUGGCGCAGCAUCUUCUUCACCAGCAAGCUACAGCUGCAGAAGCUGAUCAGCCGCAGAAGGCUGAAGCCGGAGGAGCAACAGGAAGAACAGGUCUCUGACACAGAUACAAAGGCUGAGAAGUCUCCCAAUGAGAGCUCAGAUUCAGACCAGACUUCCGGUUCUGAAGAGGAAUCUCACCCUGGCAUUAUCCCAGAGCUAAGCCUUGGCACUGAAACUGGUACUGGCUUUGAUGCCAAGUCUUGCUGUGAUGUUGACCCCGGCCGUAACCCUGAGCCAGAGGCUGGCUCUGAUUUCAGCAUGCCCGGGUCUGGUCAGUGGUUGGAGGAAAACUGUUUGGUGGAAACGCCGGUGCAGAACAGUGCACUAAGCAACAGUAGAGGAGACUACAGUGAACAAAAAUCAGACAAGAUGCAGAGUUAAUCCUUCUGUCAAAUGUUACUUAAGACCUGUAUCUCAGGGUUACUGUUACACUGUUAGGCCAUUUAUGCACCUUUCUUGUUCUAAAAUGAGUUGUGUCUCUCAAGAUUAUCUUUUAUGGGACAAAUAUAAAGUUAUUAUUUUUGUUUGAUAUAACUGUCGAUCCUCUAAAGGACAGUUGUAGACAUU